UGGUUUCUUUUUAAUUUCUCAACACAGUUGUAUCAAGUCUGCAAGUUCUGCCAAGUGUGUAGCCUACUCAAAAUUAUUUUACGAUUUCAGCUUGAGUGCCUUUAAGGACGGUGACACUGGCUGCAACUCCAGUCGUGUUUUUUUUUAUACACAAAUAAGCUUACUUGCUUUGAAAAACGUAAUGAACGAUAGGCGCAACUUCUUACAAUAUUUGGUUUGAUUAAAUGAGUAUUACAUAAGCUGAACAUUAAUUUCAACAAAAAACAACAACAACUUUUGGUGGGUAUUUUUUUUAUCAGUGCUGUCUUUUGGUGCCCUCUGAAUUCCUUUGCUUGUUGCGAAACCAACACGCGAAUUCAGGUUAUACAGGUUUAUACUGUAUUUGUAUUUGAUGUAAAAUACGUAACUGCAAACAUCUAACACCAGUAUUUAUAACUACUCUUUCAAAUUAACGUGUUAUGAUUCUGAAUGUGCCGUUCUUAAGGGCGGUAUUAUUGGCAUUGCUUGCGCUCCAGCACCUCUUCUUUACUAGUUAAGCAAUGUUUAUUUGCAAUGAAAAAAAUACACUGCACAGGUACGACAGUACAUUAUGUAAUCGACAGCAAACUAAGGAUUACUGGAAGAAGACAACAGACGUACAGAAGAAAACGGAUUACUUCCACUGAAGUUUUGAAAACCUACCCUGACCUGUGGAUGAAAAAUGGUUAAAAACAUUUAUUACAAAGUUUUACUUCUGGUCUGUGUUUUAGCUUUUUUCCCAUGUGCAAUCAAAUACAGCAGAAUACAUGAAACCAAAAGAUAUCCUGAAUCACAGAUGGAGAGUGGAUUGAUUCAUGUGAGUAAAAAACAAGUUCAGAAAAAAAAUAUAUUAAUUCCUUUGAAUAAAAAAAAAGUUCAUAAUGUUAAAUUGACAACUGUGAAGCAAAAAGUAACCAGAAAUAACAUUGCCCAAAAUGCUAUGACUGUAAGAUCCUGGCCAGUAUGGAAGGAAAACACCUCUACUGAUGAUCUUUUCGCUUGGCUGAAGGAUCUUAAGAACAAUUACAGGGCACAGAACAAAUACAAUGUGACAUAUAUCUGGAAAAAUGUGUCUGCAAAGCUGAGCCAGCAGGAGCUCCUGUGCGAGCUCAAAACUCGCGUACCACUUGUGAUGAUCAAAGCUGGUGAUGGCCCCUUCAAAAGAGAGGAUUGGCAGAAAUACUUUCCCACAGAAGACUUGAAUAAGAGGUUUGAAAACCUCAAGCGGUGUGCUGUAGUGUCUUCAGCAGGUUCUUUAAAAAAUGCAAAACUGGGAGCUGAAAUAGAUGACCACGAUGCUGUCAUCAGAUUCAAUGGCGCUCCGACUGAUGGCUAUAGCAUUGAUGUGGGGAACAAAACUUCCAUUCGAAUAGUAAAUUCACAGCUUGUGUAUGAUAAACAGCACAAUUUUUUAACCAAUCCUCUUUAUCAGACCGGAGUGUUAAUCUUGUGGGAUCCUGCACCAUAUAAACAAGAUCUUCAACAUUGGUACAGCAAUCCAGACUAUCCGUUCUUUGAGAGGUAUAGGGAAUACCGUAAGAAACAUCCUGAGCAGCUCUUUUACAUCACAAACCCGGUGAUGCAGUGGAACUUGUGGGACAUUAUUCAGGAGAAUUCACUGGAGGAGAUCCAACCCAACCCCCCUUCCUCCGGCAUGCAGGGCAUCGUAUUAAUGAUGAGCCUCUGUGAUGUGGUGAAUGUGUACGAAUUCCUGCCUUCAAAGAGACAGACUGACGUUUGUUAUUAUUACCGGCAGGUCUAUAACAAAGCCUGCACAAUGGGUGCCUACCAUCCUUUAAUGUAUGAGAAGAACCUGGUUAAGAAGAUGAACCAGGGAACUGAUCAUGACAUCUUCCACUAUGGGAGAGUGACCUUACCAGGGUUCAGGAAUGUUCACUGUUCAGCAAAGGCAAUGCAGACUUAAACUGGUACAGCAGGGCUUAAUAAUAAUAAUAAUAAUAAUAAUAAUAAUAAUACACUGGGAUGGGAAAUCCAUGCUAAAUGUGUCAUGACAUUUACCUAAUAUUGCUGCAAUAUUUAUGUCAUUACAGCUGUAUUCAGACGGGAUACUUUGAGGUAUUUACCUUAUGUAAUUAAUACAGACUCAAAGUUUUAUUUCAGGUGAACAGAAACCGAAAGUUUCAGUGCCACAUGGCACAUCAAGUGACGCCUACCAAAAAUGUGUGAUUCAGACUGUGUUGCCUUACUUUUUAAUAUUCGUAGUUUGACACUUUAUGGUGUAGCAAAAGUUCAACUUUGUAAAAAGUCGUUUAAUCUUUCAAAUGGAACCAUCUGCAAUAGUGUUACUGCCUCUUGCCUCUAAUGCUGUACAGUACCCUUUUAUUGGCUUUCGAUGAGAACCAAAUUCUAAUGGGUUUUGAAACUUAACUUCCCAGUUACAACUACUGCAAUGAGAUUAUUGAUUUAUUUGGUAUAUAUACUAUAUGACUUUGUUAAGGCUUUUAUGUUCUUGUGAUUGUUUCAAAUUUGUUUACAGUGUGUAUGUUCUAAACUUGAUGUUGAAUAUAAGUACUGAAGCAUUUGUUAGUAUUAUCCCUUUCUGCUCCCUGAUAAAAAAAAAAGAAAACACUUUUUAUUUUACUUAAUUACUUCCUUACAUAUAAAA